AUGGCGCCUCACGCCGCAGCGCAGGCGUCCUAUCAGCAGAAGGAUAGCUUGAGGGAGGGUGCAAAGUAUGGCCUCAUCGGAGCUGCGAGCGGCCUCACCCUCUCUGCGCUGCAGAAUUCCCUCGCCCGCCGCAACCUCGGAAUGUUGACAGUUUUUCACGGACAGGCCAUUUUAUCGGAUAUUCCUGUGACUGUUGCCAUCGCGGCCCUUGGGUUCACGAAGAAUGCCGCUGCCAACCUGCGUGAAAAGGAUGACCACUGGAACUCGGUAAUCGGUGGCGCCUUCGGUGGUGCCAUUGCCGGUAUCUCUCACAAGCGAUUGCCUAUCGUCGUCGGCUGCGGUGCUGGUCUCGCUGCCCUUCUUGGUGUCUUUGAGUACACUGGUGGCCGCUUCGACGGUUACUACAACAGGAGGCCGGAAGAGGAUGAGUUCGACAGGAAACAGAGGUUGCGAGAAAACAGGCGGAGACCCAUCGAGGAGACGAUUCGUGACGUUGGCGAAGGCAGGGGCAUUUGCCCUCCCGGAUACGAGGACAGGCGGCGAGAGAGAAUCAAGGAGAAGUAUGGCUUCGAGAUCAACCCAGUCAAGGCGACGGCCGACUAA